GGCCUGUUUCCUAAAAAUAAGCAUUGUGACAGCCCAUCUAUAUUGUGUUUUUGUGGCCAUCUCUUGAUAUCGGUUUCAAAUUUUGAAUUGUUUGCGUUUAUGCCAAAAGAGCAAAUACUGCUGCUGGCGUGGAACGAGCAAGAUGUUGGACAAAAGGGGUCCAAUUGAUGAAAGUUUUUUUUUGUCCAAUCCAACCAAAUUGUUUCCAGUCAAUGCGAUGAGGUUUGACUUGUCAGCUGCGUGACUUUUGCUCGGCUUUGCUUUGCACUUUCUUUGCAGCCGAGCCCGAGCCUGAGCCUGAGCCCGGUCGCUCCGUCCUUGCGUCACAUUGCGCGGCCAACUUCAUAAAGGCAGUGAAGUGAUGAAAAUGAGCAAAAUGCCCAGUCAAAUUAGCCGGACGAAGAAGAAGAAGCCAAAGAAGAACAAUCGGAAAUCUUAUAAUGCUGACUUCCCACCACCGCACGCAACUUUCAUCGUGACGUCACCCAGGUCAUUCCGACCCCUCAAUUGGCGCAACAGCUGUGACGUCACCGCCCCGAAGUGACCACUGCGUGCGUAGCCCCUCCUACGCUGUCGGUCGUGCUUGAAGAACCGAAUCAUUGUUCGGGCGUCGUGGACACGGUCGGUGUGCGCGCGCGUGCUCUGUUCUGCGCUCGUGACAGGACCAGGACGGACCCAAAGCUCCGGUGGGUGCCGGUGGCCUGCGCGUGGAGUCAUGGAGGAGCGCGCGCGCUUCCAGAGAAGAAAACAAGCCAAGCCGCGCAGGAAGAACGUGUUGGACCACGACGCGGCGACGUCACGAGAGCGGGGACAACAAAGUGAAGAAGAUGGGCAGACGCUGGCCAACGCCACUGUUUUCCGUCAACGUGAAGGCUUGUGCGGGCUUUCAGGGCCAUCGCCGGCCCAGUACCUAUGGCGCAGCCGCACGACCGUCGUCGACCCGCGAGACCCGAAUGGGGCCCGAGACGGCGGCUGCGCGGAGGCCGUCGCGGGAGCUGCCGCGGGAGCCGCCGCGGGAGCCCAUGCCGGCGACCCGAUGGGAGAGCAGCUGCCGAAGGACGGUGGUGGCAAGCGCAAGUUCGAGUGCGCCGAGUGCGGAAAAGCCUUCAAGUACAAACAUCACCUGAAGGAGCACCUGCGCAUCCACAGCGGUGAAAAACCCUACCAGUGCCCCCACUGCCAAAAGCGCUUCUCCCACUCGGGCUCGUACAGUUCGCACAUCAGCGGCAGGAAGUGCGCGGGGCCCACGCAAAGGCCGGCGUCCUCGCCCCCCGGCCCCGCCCCGCUCUCCCGCCGGCUGCAAAACGGCACAUCGGAGACCGGCCCGGAGUACGGGCCGAUGACGGGCUCUUGUCAUGGCUUCCGUGCAAACGGGGACUCCACAAAUGGGUCCGGCCGCCUGGGAACGUUGAGUGUGGACCUCCUUCUACCGGGUUUCAACCGUGUCCACAAGAUGCGCAGACAAAAGAUGGACAGGAACCCAGAGGAGGUUUCCAAAGCGCCAGCUUACCCAGUGAAGGAGCUCGGGGCCCACAAGGAGGAGGAGGUGGAGAGCGGUCCAGCUCAAAGUUUCACCCGCGCUGCGCCAAAGGCUCGGACGGUCCCAAACAAACAGAGUGACCUGUCUGUAGAGCUCUCGUGCCAGUUCUGCGAGGAGACUUUGCCAGGACCCGUUGCGCUCCACCAACACGAGCGCUACCUGUGCCAGAUGAACAAAAGCGUCCGAGCCCUUUCGCAGCCAGCCACCGGACUUGGUCCGGGUUCCGAGUGCUCGCGAUGGCUCGCGCCCACCGCCGAGGGGCCCCGCGCAAUCCCCCCUUUCGGGGACCGCCUGUCGGCCACGCAGACUAACUGGACCGUGAAUACGGACCCCGACUCAGAGGAGCUGGUCAAGAUCUCCUUGGCUGUGGGCCUUCCGCAAAAGUUUGUUCGGGACUGGCUGACUCGGCGGAAUCCCGGUCCUCCCGAGGACGGUGGCUCACGACUGCGGCAGAUCUCGAGAAACUCGCCGACGUUGUCAAACGGCGACGCCUUUACGACAAAGAGUCCAGGGUUAAGAUCACCCUUGGACUUGGGCCCUUUGGACUGCAACGGUCGUCCGGCGGCACUCGACUCCAAAUGCGUGCGGUGUAGCUCCGGCAAUCCAAACGCUCUGGUCGAGGAGGAGCUUUAUGCCGAUACUCCGCUGGAUCUCUCUGUGCCCAAAUACCUGGCGCGUGAAAUCAGCGGCGACAGGAAAAUGGGAUCCGAGCAACCGGAACUCAGUGGUGACGGAGGAGGCCGGACUUCGGGAGCAGGAGACCGGCUCGGCAUGGAGAGAGAGUUGCCGGACGGUGGCAGAAAGCGCCACCUUGUGGAAAAAAGCCCCAUGUUUGGGAAGGAUGCCUCCGCAGUGAGUCGGCUCCACACUUUGCCGACGUUUGUGUCACCCGCCCGCUACCCACUGCUCCUGGACUCUGUGAGCUUUGCGCCCCAAAUGGCAAGCAGGGCCGACGCCUUU